AUGGCGCAAGGCAAUCUACCCUUCGCGCCAUCUCCAUACAUCUCUCUCAGCCAGUCCCUCCUCUUCCAAAACCAAGAAGAGGAUGACUGGUGGCACCGCGCGGCGCCCGUUCUGGCCAGAAUGUUGCAGAACGCCGACUACGAGAUCGCCAAACAGUACCAGUACCUGGCCUUCUUCGCCCAGCACGUCGUCCCCGCGCUGGGUCCAUCUCCAGCCAACCCGCGCCCCAACCUCUACCGGGGCGUCUUCAACCUCGAGUUCAGCCAGAACUUUCAGGAGUCAGGCUGCAUUAUCCGCCUGGCUUUCCUCCCCGUGAACUACCUCGCCGGGGUCCCCGGCAAAGACCCGUUCAACCGACUCUCCACCCCCGAGGUGCUUGCCCGAUACGCUCAGAUCGACGGCAUCGAUCUCGACCUUCGACUCUAUCAGCAACUCGUCAGCGACCUCACAUUAAACACAAGGGAAGAGGACCACUUGCUCUCUACGGAAAGCCCCUUGCCCCCGGUCUUCAAGACCCAGAGCGGCAUCGCCCUGGACCUACGCAAGGAGGGCAAGAUGACCGUUAAGCUGUACACCUUCGUCGUCGGCAAGUCGAUGGCGACCGCCACGCCGGCAUCGACGCUGGCUCUCAAUGCUGUUCGCAAGGUAGACCAGGGUGCCGCCAGCCGUUUCGACGCAGGCAUGCGGCCCAUCCAGGCCUUCCUUGACGAGAAGCAGGGCACCCCGGACGCGAUGAUACCCACGUCGCCGACCUCCUUUCACCCGCGUGGCAUGAUCCAGUUCGGCUGCGACCUGGUGGACCUCGCGCGUACGCGGUUCAAGUUCUACAUCCACGACUACAUCGUGAAUACGGACAGGUUGGCGGAGCUUUGGACGCUGGGUGGCAGGCUGCGGGAGCGCGACUGUCCCGGUAUCGAGAAGGGGCUGGAGAUCCUGCACGAGUUGUGGUCCAUCCUCCAGGUCCGCGAAGGUUACCAUCUCCCAUUUGCCUGUGCGCCGAGGGCGGGUGAGCGCGAGUCGGUUGUGACUCACGAUCCAGCGAGCCUGACUGCUGCUAGUACUUCUACUACCUCCAAGCCACAAUUCUACUACGACCAGCAGUUCCUGAUUGUCAAUUAUGAGAUUCAUCCCGGAGAUCCUUGGCCUGUCCCCAAGGUGUAUUUCCCGCUGUUUGGAAUGACGGAGGAUGCGGUCAUCGACGCAGUGGUCGCGUUCUUUGAGCGGCUGGGGUGGGCGCAGCAGGCGCGCGUGUAUCGGGAAAGUAUGGUUGCUUGCUUCCAGACUCGCGACUUGGAGAAGACGACAGAUAUCCAGGUCUGGCUCUCGUUCUCCUAUUCCCCCAAGAAGGGGCCGUAUACUACCGUGUAUUACCGAAGCCUUUGA